UUUACUCUCCACCCCUCGCCAAUCUCCAAUUCUGCAUUUCUCACUUCUACUUUACACAUCUACAAACCAAGUAACCAACGCGCAAAUACAGACACUACAAAGUACAAACUGAGCUAGCUAGGGUUUCACUUUCCGAGCUUCCCCGCCACCUCCACCGUCUAUGGCCGAAGUAAUGGACGUUCCGGCGGACGGCUUAGAGCGCCGCCGUGACCGUGAACGAAGCAAAGAGAACAAUUCCGUCGAAGAUCCGCCGGCAUCUUCUCCGCCUCCUCCUCCUCCGCCGAGGCGUGGCCGCGACAGAGAUUCACGGGAACGGAGAGACGACAGAGAUUUUGAUCGCCGAGGUGGUCGUGGGGACUAUUACGACCGUAACCGGUCUCCUCCUCCACCUCUUCGAGAGCGGGAGUACAAACGUGGACGGCCUAGUCCUAGCCCUCCUCCUCCUCUUCCUCCUUAUCGAGACCGCCGUGGUGGAUAUUCUCCUCCUCACCGCCGUUCGCCUCCGUUUCCACCUUAUAAGCGCUCGCGUAGAGAUGACUAUGAUGGCGGCCGCCGUGGAAGCCCUAGAGGUGGUUUCGGGCACGGUGAUCGAAGAUUUGGUUAUGACUAUCAACCCGGUUAUGAGCGUGAGAUGGGGGGUAGACCUGGUUAUCCUGAUGAGAGGCGUCACGGACGAUUCGCAGGCCGCUCGGCUGGUGGCUAUCGAGGUGACUGGGGGAAAGGCCGGGGAGGAUUUGCAGAUACUUUCGGCACAGGGAGCAGUCAAAGAGAGGGAUUGAAGUCUUAUAAGCAAUUCAUUCAGGAGCUUGAAGAUGAUAUUUUGCCAGCUGAAGCUGAGCGCAGGUACCAAGAAUACAAGUGUGGGUAUAUAGAAGCACAAAAAAGAGCUUAUUUUAAUGCACAUAAAAAUGAAGAAUGGUUGAAGGACAAAUACCAUCCUACAAACUUAAUUUCUGUUAUUGAAAGGAGGAAUGAGCUCGCAAGGAAAUUGGCGAAGGAUUUCCUACUUGAUUUGCAGAGUGGAACUGUAGACAUAGGUCCUGGUGUUACACCUGCUUCUGCAAACAAGUCAGGACAGUCAAGUGACCCAAAUUCCGACGAAGAAGCCGAUGAAGGUGGGAAACGGAGGCGGCAUGGAAGGGGACCCACUAAAGAAACUGAUUUACUUUCAGUUGCUCCAAAGGCUCACCAAGUUAGUUCUGAUCCCAGAAGAGUCCAGAUUGAUGUUGAACAAGCACAGGCACUUGUAAGGAAGCUUGACUCGGAGAAAGGAAUAGAGGAUAACAUAUUAUCUCGAUCUGAUAAUGAUAGGGGAAGCAGAGACAAGUCGCAUGGUUCCUCUGGCCCUGUUAUUAUCAUAAGGGGCUUAACUUCAGUAAAAGGUCUCGAGGGAACUGAGCUGCUUGAUACGCUUCUAACCUAUCUGUGGCGCAUUCACGGGGUUGAUUAUUAUGGCACAACAGAGACAAAUGAAGCUAAGGGUCUUCGGCACGUUAGAGGGGAUGGCGGCAAGACUUCUGAUGCAACAAGCAGUGGAGCAGAAUGGGAAACAAAACUAGAUUCGCAUUGGCAAGACAGGCUGAAAGGUCAGGAUCCUUUGGAGCUAAUGGCUGCAAAAGAAAAAAUUGAUGCAGCUGCUGCUGAAGCCUUAGAUCCCUAUGUACGUAAGAUUAGGGAUGAGAAGUAUGGCUGGAAAUAUGGUUGUGGAGCCAAGGGUUGUACAAAGCUCUUCCAUGCUGCCGAAUUUGUCCAUAAACAUUUAAAGUUGAAACACCCUGAUCUGGCAGUGGAUGUUACGACUAAAGUACGUGAAGAUUUGUACUUCCAGAACUAUAUGAAUGAUGAAAAUGCUCCUGGUGGGACUCCUGUAAUGCUGCCAUCUAUGCCGAUAGAGAAGCCACUAAGGCGCCGGCCUGGGCUAGAUGGCCGACUGAAGGAUGACAGAGGGAGCCGUAGAGAUCGUGAUGGUCGAGCUAAUGGUGGUGAAAGGUUUGAUUUGUCUGACAACCCGAAAUCUGGGGAUUUUCAAUCUAAUAAUGAUGGUGCCAGUGGGGGAAAUCCUGAUGAAGAAAUGUUUGAUACUUUUGGUGGACAAGGGAUUCCAGUUGCUCCUUUCCCUUCAGAUAUGGCUCCUCCGCCAGUGUUGAUGCCUGUUCCUGGUGCUGGUCCUCUUGGGCCUUUUAUUCCUGCGCCUCCUGAUGUUGCAAUGCGGAUGAUGCGAGAACAAGGAGGCCCUGGUCCUUUUGAAGGUGGUAGAAAUGGGAUGUCUGGGCCUGCAAUAAGUGGGGGGGGCCCGAUAAUUGCUUUACCUCCUGCAUUUCGACAGGAUCCUCGUCGUUUGCGAAGCUAUCAAGAUCUUGAUGCACCUGAGGAUGAAGUUACUGUAAUAGACUACAGGAGUUUGUAGAGUAGACAUGGAGAAUGGAGUAAUAUUUCUUCAAGUGGGUAGAAGGCAACCUGCAUUGAUGCACAUACAACUGCGUUGAUGUCGAAGCAAGAGCGGGUACUUGACCGUCUUGAAGUUAUGAGGAACCAACUGCAUCGACAUGCAUAGUUGGUCUUUUAGUUGAAAGAAAACAUGGUGGGGGCUGGAUUUUAUUAGAUAUUCUUGGUGCAGUAGUACUUGCUAGCUAUUUCCAGGUUCUGCAUCAGCGUUUAAGCUCGCAGAAUUUCCAAUUUUUUUCUCCUCCCCACUUGAUGUGUGGUGAAUUUAGGAACUUUGCUGAUAAGAACUUGAAAUGAGAGAAUUACAAAUUACUAGAUAUUGUAAAAUAUAUUUUGUGACUAGAGUUGUCAGUUGUGCCUUCGGGGACGUCCAACAAAACUGGGACUAGAGUUGUCAGUUUGUUUUUGGUGUUUGCAUAAACUUAAAUCGAAGAAAACCAUGUAGCUGUUGAGAUUUCUGAUAACGUGGAGCAGUUACCUUGAUUGUGAAUGCUCUUA